AAGAAGAAAAAAAAAAUGGUUGAAAACAAUCAGAGUCGCGAAAGCUCGCCGAUACUCGCGUGCGAAGAGGCGAGCGUUGGCGCGAUGGAGGGGGGGCCACGGCACGAAAUUAUCGGCGGCACAGGGAGAGAGAGCAGAGAGACGACGGUGUUUCAUGCGUUCGAAAGAAGAGCGGCCGAGAGGACGAGCGGGCAAAGGCGAUUAGGGGGCGGCAAGAGAGAACUCGUGGUCGCCUUCGUGGCGGUGUCGAUCGACAGUAGCGUGAAGGCAGUCAGAGAGAGAAUGACUCGUCGCGCGUGUCGUCUAAGCGUCUCGUGGCCGGCCCUGGUGCUCGCCACGCUGGUCAUCGCGCCCUUCGCCGUCGCCCUCAACAAGAACGAUCUCUACCCUUACUCGAUACCCGGCACCUCGAUCCUGCAAACGGAUCCCAACGGGUUGCUCCUGUCCGCGGAGACGAUUCUCAAGACGCCUAUCGCAUUCUACGAUCAAAUCUUCAACUCCAUAUUCGUGAACGGAAAUGGCGUCCUCUCGUUCGCGAGGGCGAUGCACAGGUUCUUCAAUAUCGCGUUCCCCCUCGACGAUCCGGUUAUCGCGCCUCUCUACACGCACGUGGACACGAGGGGAUCCGGAAGAGUGUAUUACGGCGAGACGGACGCGCCGGAAAUCCUGGCCAGAGCGGGGGGGAUGGUACGCUCGGCUUUCACGGACGCGGCAGACUUCGUGCCGACCCACGCGUUCCUCGCCACUUGGGUCGACGUUGGAUACUACAAUGGGAAAAGCGACAAGGUGAACACGUACCAGGUAGCGAUCUCGUCGAACGGCACGCACUCCUACGUGGAACUGUUGUACCCGGAUGACGGUAUACAGUGGAUCCAAGGUGAGUCGCAUCCGAACGGGUUGCCGGACGCGAAGGCGCAGGCGGGAUUGAUGAGCGAGGGAAGGAUGUACACGCUGAGGGGUUCGGGGACGGAUCAGAUCCAGAACGUGGACAAAUGGUCGAACGUGAACAGACCUGGCCAAUGGGUGUUCCAAGUCGGGCCGAUCUCCGACGAGGAGGAUAUCAAAGUUCCCGACAACGUGGAAGAUAGCAGCGCGACGAACGAGGUGGCUAACUGCAGAACGGGAGCAACGGCUUGCCAUAGCAAGGCGACGUGCGUCGACUACGAGGUGGGCUUCUGCUGCCAUUGCAAGCAGGGAUUUUUCGGGAACGGCAAGUCCUGCCAGCCGAACGAUGUUCCGCUGCGAGUGAACGGGCGAAUUUCCGGGACCAUCAACGGCGUGGAAUUCCUCGCCAGGGAUCUACAGUGUUACGUGCAGACGAAGGAUGGAAGGACGUACACGGCCCUGUCGAGGGUGCCCGAAGAGAUCGGGGCCAGUUUCCAGUUGCUCGGCAAUCUGGGCGGAGUGAUCGGUUGGCUGUUCGCUAAACCGAUCGGCGAGACGAAAAACGGCUACGAGCUGACAGGGGGUUUGUUCAAUCAUACGGCGGAGUUGACAUUCCCGUCAACCGGCGACAAAGUAACGAUACGAAGCAAUUACCUCGGCCUGGACGUGUUUGGCCAGCUGAAGAUGCAGGCGCAGAUCGAAGGAACGUUGCCGCAGUUGGGGAGGGACACCGGCCUCGAUUACGGGGACUACGACGAACUUUACACGAGGGUGCAAACAGGCGUGAUCCGCUCGCGGGCCGAGAGAGUUUGCAAACUGGCCGAGGGGGUCGAGAGUCGCGAGCUCGAUUUCGUCCAGGACGAGACCAUAUAUUACAACGAGUGUCCGUAUCUGACCGUCGAACCCGAGGACGACACGACUAGGCUCAAGUUCUUCAGGGGUGUCACUACUUACGAGGCGACCGAGGGGAUUAUACGUUUCGCUGUCAACACCAAAGUAGCACCCCUCGAGGAGGAGGAUCCGUGUAUUCAAGGAAGGGAGACUUGCGGCGAUCACAGUUACUGCGUGGUGGACGGCGACAGCUUUAAAUGCGUCUGUAAUCCUGGUUAUCAGUAUUUGUACGAGGAAGACGGAAGCGCGAUCUGCAUCGACGUGAACGAGUGUACAGCGGGAAAGCACAUGUGCUCCCCCGACGCGCAGUGCAUCAAUCAGGAGGGUAGCCACACGUGCCAGUGCAGACCGGGUUUCUCCGGGGAUGGCCGAACUUGCGACAAACUCCCCUCGUGCGAGGACACCAGAUGCGACAAUUACGAGCAAUGCGUGAUGAUCGAAGGGGCGCCUAAUUGCAUCUGCCUGCCGGGAUUCGAGGAUACGGAGCAGGGUUGCUAUCCAGCCACCCAACGCGCCCCCUGCGACGUCGAGGAUAACUGCUCCCCGAAUGGUUUCUGCAAUAUCGACGCGGAAAAACAGAAAUACGUGUGCGUCUGCUUGCCAGGUUUCAUCGGCGAUGGGUACACGUGUUACCCGGACGCCGAGGUAACCACAACGGACGAGCCGCCUAAACCGCAAUGCAUCGAGGAGAUGUGUUGGUGUUCAAGUGGCUGGGAGUAUCGGAAUAACGAAUGCGUGCGGCAGGAAGAGGAGACAAGGACCGCGGACUACGAUCGAGACUUAUCGGCACGCCCGCUCCCGGAAUGCUACGAAGACAACUGCAUAUGUCCUUGGGGACAUAAUUACGACCGUUCGAAGGAGAUUUGCGUGCCACGACCUGGAUACAAACACGAAACCAUGGGUCCAUCCGGAGUUCACUUAUCGUGCAACGUGAUGAACAGAUGUCACCCCUACGCCCAAUGCAUCUACGUGACCAGCACAGCGGACUACGAAUGCCGGUGCAAUCAGGGUUACGAGGGUGACGGUAUGGAGUGCAUAAAAACAGAGGUGUCCUGUUUGGAAGUGGACAUUUGCGACCCGAACGCGUCUUGCCAGCAAGAGGAGUCUCUGGCCAAGUGCGUGUGCAAUCCAGGAUUCGAGGGGGACGGAACCAUGUGCAGCCCUAUCGACGAAUGCAGCAGCAGUUCCUACUGUCUGGAGAACGAAAGAUGCUUGUACAAUUCGGCGAGCUCCCGCUACGAGUGCACGUGCAAUCCGGGAUACAGCAUGGUGGACAGCCGGUGCGUGGUGUCCGAUUGCUCGACCAAUCCGUCCCAGUGUCACGUGAACGCGCAGUGUACUUCGAUCGGCGAAGGCGGCUACAGGUGCGUGUGCGCCGAGGGGUACAACGGUGACGGGAUCCGGCAAUGCGUCGAGGACCACAUAGGCUGCAACGUGCUGAAUAAUUGCGGCAGGAACGCGGUCUGCGGCUACAAUCAAACCUCCGCGAAUUUCGUCUGCGUCUGCCAGCAGGGGUACUACGGCGACGGUUUCACUUGCCUGCCGCAAUCCUCGUGCAGGCACGAUCCCGCGAUCUGUUCGCCGGACGCGACGUGCGUCGCGGCUGGGGAGAAUCAAUACGCCUGCGUGUGUAACGAGGGUUUCAUCGGGGAUGGGACCAACUGCAAAUCGAGGCCCAAACACGAGGCCAACUUCUUGCUGGUGAAUCAGGGAAUGGCCACGUUGAGGAUUCCAUUCGCGCCUACGUACGAGGAUCCUGGAAGCCCUAUUUACAUUGCGUACAUGCAGAUGGCGAUCGCGAUCGAUAUCGAUUGUAUGAACGGGAAGGCUUAUUCGAGCGACAUCAGCGGUAAUCGAAUAAUCGAGUUGACGUACAACGGAUCGAUGGCCGAGACUUUCUUGCCGAAAGUGAGCAAUCCCGAGGGAUUGGCGAUCGAUUGGGUCUCGAGAAAUAUUUUUUGGACGGGGAAAACGACCGUCGAGGUGGCCAAUCUCGAAACGAAGAAACGGAAGGUGCUCGUUUCCGAUGGAUUGGUCAAUCCUAGGGGAAUAGCCGUGCACCCGUAUCGUGGAAAGAUAUUUUGGUCCGAUUGGAAUCGCGCGUCCCCGAAAUUGGAGUGGGCGAACGAGGACGGCACCGAUCGUGCAAUCUUCCUUCAAGGGGAUUACGUGAAGUUACCGAAUUCAUUAAGUAUCGAUUGGGCGAUGGAUGAGCUGUGCUGGGCGGACGCCGGAACCUUUACGAUAAGCUGCAUGGAGAUCGAUAGCAGGAAAAUUAACGUGGUCGCCAACCAGCUCACCUACCCGUUCGGCCUUGCGAUCUCGCAGCAGCAUUAUUAUUGGACCGAUUGGAAGACUCACAAAAUCGAAGUUGCCAUGAAGAGCACCGGGGACAGGAAACAGGCCAUAUCGGUGCCACCGGGAGGAAGCGGUAAAUUGUACGGGAUAGUCGUCGUUCCCGAGUCGUGCCCGAGAGUGACCAACGCGUGCCAAUUCGAGGGAGGAAGGUGUAGCAAGAAUCAACUGUGCCUGCCCAACGGUCAAAAUGGAAGAUCGUGCGUGUGCGCGGACGACGCGGAUGGACCUUGCACCGACAAUCUGUAGCCGGCCACGCGGUUCCGCGGCCAUCGAAGAUGAAAGGGAAGGGGAGGAGAAGGGGACGAGGCUCGGUCGAGACGAUCAAAACGAUCCAAAUUUUGAUACUUGACCGAUCGCCCCGUUUGCGUUUCGUUAGAUUGUAACGUGUAAAUUAUAAUAUUACUACUUUCUAUUCGAUUGCAUAUAAUUUUUAUCGUCCAAUCGUUGUUAACGCAAUCUUUUGUAUCCGGAGUCCGCGGCCGUAUGAAGCCGGCUGUAUGUAUGCGACUCGAGCACGCGUUAUUUAAUAAAGAAAUAAAAUAAUAAAAACAAGAGAUGAUUGAAAUAAAUAAA